AUGGUCAAAGUCAAGAAGCGCGCUUCCAAGCGUGUCAAGAUCGCGCAGAGGGAGAAGAUAAAAAAGAAGGUCAAGGAGCACCGUCGCAAAACACGCAGAGACGAGCGAAGGAGCACUCAAUGGAAGAGCAAAGCGCGCAAGGAUCCGGGCAUCCCCAACUCAUUCCCGUACAAAGAGCAGCUGCUCAAUGAGAUCGAGACCAAGCGUAGACUUCAAGAGGAGGAGAAGAUCGUAAGGAAGGCCGAAAAGCUUGCCGAACGCAAUGGAGAAAAGGCAGAAGGGGCGGAUGGCCUUGACGCUGAAGCUGCAGAGGACGAUGAGGACGAAGAGGUGGACGAGGACGACAUUCUCGAAGAUAUUCCAUUGGCAGCACCGCUGUAUCGCGGCACGCUUUCCGAACUGCUCGACUCGGACGAGAUCAAGACCGUCGUUCUCGCUCUCGACGCUCGUGAUCCUCAAAGUUUCCGAUGCCCGUGGCUCGAGGCCGAAAUCAGCAGCCGCAAGAGUAAGAAGCUCGCAUUCGCGCUCGGCCGUGCCGACAUGGUGCCUCUCGAGACUGUCGCCGCAUGGUCCGCUUACCUCUCUACAACCACCGGAGUUCCCGCUUUCCCCAUCUCAUCGCCCUCGGAUCAGCUGGCCGAGAACACCGGUGCAGAGGCGCUCGUGGAGCAGCUCGACCUCAAAGGCGUCGGCAAGGGCGAUGUUGCUGUAGUGGGCCUGGCCUACUCGGGCAGAAGCACUGUCGCAGAUGCCAUUCUCAACGCCAUCGGCGUCCCCGAAGACGAAGAUGCCGAGGAUGAGGACAACGAGACGAGCGAUUGGCCUGCAGUGCUCGACACCCCUGCUCUCAUCCCUCUCAAGAGCUCCGAAGCUGCGGAAGAAUCUGAUGAGGAGGACGACGACGACGAUGAAGAGGAGCAGGAUGACGAGGAGCAAGAUGACGAGCACAAGUUGAUGGCACGCAUGGAACUCAAGUCGAUGCAGACGCUCAUGCGCAACCAGGGCCACGUACAGAGAAUCAAGGAGCCUCUGCCCCUCACCUGGGCUCUGCUGUCGCGCGUUUCGCAUCCCGAAGAUCUCAUGCUCAUCUACAACAUCCCCGCUUUCGGCUCCUUCCAGCCCGAGAGCGCAUCGCUAGCCGACGAGGAGCUCGACGCUGACCAACAGGAAAAAGUCAAAGCCGCUUCGAGGCGUCAGAAGGUGCACGCUGACACGCAAGAGUUCCUCAUCGCGCUUGCUCGAGCCACUGGUCGCAUGAAGAAGCGCAACAUCCCUGACGAGAUUGGAGCCUCGCGUGUCAUCCUUCGAGACUGGUCGCACCAAAUGCUGGGCUACUACACUCAAGCUCCCAAACUUGCUACAGACGCGGCCAAGGUCUCGGACGAAACCAAGCAACGAAUCUCGGCAAGCAUGCCGCUUGUGUUGGUCAGGAAGGAAUGGCGCAAGAAGUUCCAGGCUCGCGAGCUGCGACUCAGGCCCAUCUCGUUGGUGCUCGGUCGUGACGCCUUGGUCCUGGACCAAGUCGAGAUGGUUCCACCUCCACCUGAGCAGGAUAGCGAGGAGGACGAAGAUGAGAUCGACGAAGCACUGCUCGAGGACGACGAGGAUAGUUUCGAAGACGACGAGGAGGAAGAGGUCGAGGAGCCCGUUGCGUCCAAGAAGGCGCCACAGCUCAAAUCGAUCCUCAAGAAGAGUGGCUCCAAGAAGCGAGGUGUUGCUGCUCAAGAUGACGACGAAAACUCCGUCGAGGAUGUUCAGGACCAAGAGGAAGAGGUGGAUGAGGAGCAGUCGAUGUCGCGCAAGGAUCGAAGACUUCAAAAGAAGGCACGAGUUGUGGUGCCAUCCAAGUCAAAGCCCGCUGCUUCCAAACGCAGCAAUGCCAAGACGUCGAAAUCGGCAGGUGCCGCUGCCAAAGCUGCCUCGGCCGCAACCGGUCCCGCUCCCGGCGAGAAGUACGACUUUGGUGCUUUCUUCUAG